AUGGCACUGCGGUUGAGGCUCUUGAUUCUGCAACCACAGUGCCUACCCCUGGGUGUGCCACUGCACAAAAGGAAUCCAUCCCAAAGGGUGCACCUCAGGAACCUGCCCCACUUAAAGAGCCAGAAACACUUAAAGAGCCACCAGCUACAGGAUUUCUCUCCAUGUUUGGAGGGUCUACUCCCCAGCCUGGCACAGCUACUCCUCAAACUGCAGGUUCUAUGUUGGGAGGGCUGUUUGCAGGGUCUAGUCCACAGCCAGCUACAGCUGCCCCUCAAACUGCGGGUUCUAUGUUGGGAGGGCUGUUUGGAGGGUCCAGUCCCCAGCCAGCUACAGCUGCCUCUCAAACUGCGGGUUCUAUGUUGGGAGGGUUGUUUGGAGGGUCUAGUCCCCAACCAGCUACAGCUGCCCCGCAAACCGCUGGUUCUAUGUUCGGGGGUAUGUUUGGCGGGUCUAGUCCCCAGCCCGCAGCUACUCCUCAAACUGCAGCUUCUAUGUUCGGGGGGUUGUUUGGAGGGUCCACUCCCCAGCCAGCUACAACUACUCCUCAAACAGCACCAGCAAAAACCCCUGAGAAUAAAAUAUCAACAGCUGCCCCUGACACCACCCCAGUGGAUAGCACUGACAAAAUAAAAGAGCCAGGAGACCUGGGCACAGUUACUUUGCACAAAGACUCAAAAUUGUCUGAGGCACCAAGACAAUCUGACACCAAAACUCAACCUCAGGUGUCAGUUGACCUCAAACCUGAUGGUAAGGCUGUUGAAGUAGCCCAGGGUCAAGGGAUUGAGAAACGUCCUGCUUCAGCUGUGGACUGUCAAUCAAAAGAAGCUGAAAUCCCUACAGCAUCAGAGCAACCUGCUAAAACAGAACAGCCCUCGAAAUCAGAACAACCUCCAACGAAUGAUCAGUCCAGUUCUGGAAAAGAUAAGGCUGCAUUUGUGGAAGGAGAAGUAAUACAUGAGAAGCCCAUGGUAAUUGUAGGAAAGCCUGAGAGUAAGGAAACUGACAAAUCAGGCCCACCAGUGGAAAGUACACAGAAGAUUCCCCAAGCUGACCAGUUGACUAAGACUGAAGAGCCAGCACCCAAGUCCCUGUUUGGGGGUUUUAUGUCAGGAACCAGUGAUGCUGGAAAGUCUUUUGGAUCCAUGUUUUCAUCUCCACCCACAAUUCCCAAAGCCCUUCCCACAAUGCCUCAAGCAGAAGCAGGUGGUGGUCUGUUCUCAGGAUUCAAAACGAUGUCUGCAGGCCUGUUUCAGGAGGAGAAGCAAGAACCAUCCACUGCCUCUCUAUUUGGGGCUAAAUUAGGAGGUUUCUGGGGGGCCCCUGUCGAACCUCCCAAGCCACAAGCUCGUCCAGUUAUUACCACUCAGCCCAAAGCUAAUGAUAAGCCAACUAAGGACACAAGUGAUCAAAGUUCGGUAGGUCCCCCUGACUUAGCCAAACCCCAGAUUUGCAUCUCCACACCCGAGGUAGAUCCUUCAGCAUCCCUGUCCCAAAAGGAGAAGGAAAGCCUUGUAGAACCACCCCCCUCUGCAGAUCCCACCUCUGAAGUGCAGCUGGACAACCAGUCCAAGAAGGACCUAUUGAGUGCUAAAAGGCCAGUAGAAGCAUAA